AUGAUGAAAGGUUAAAUGUCCAUUUCUAUCUAAAAUAGUCUAUAGCUAAUGAUUUAUGCAAUAAAAGGAAAUCAUGUUUGCAAGGAAUAGAGAAAGAGUUUCAAUUUAUGCAGAUUGACUCCACUAGGAAAGUAUGUAGAAGCAGAGUUUUGUAAGGACAAUGCUGUAGCACUAGUCGAUUGCUUUUUAAAAGUGUAAUAUAUUGCAUUCACUUAAUUAUGUAGACAAAGAAAUGGCAAAUUUAACUAAUGA